AUCAAAAUGCCUUCUGAAGUGGUACAAAAAGAAGCUGAGGUUGGUGUCGAAGAGAAAACUAUUAUUGGAAAAAUAGAGACAAAAGAAAAUGGUUCUCAAAAAUCCAAAACAGAAGAAAUUCAAACAGUUGAAAAUCCAGAAGAAUCUAAAAUCACUGAAGAAGAAUUAUCUGAAAGUGAAAACAAAGAAAACGAGGAACCUACUGUUGAAGAUAUUGAGUUGCAAAAAAAACGUGCCGAUCAACUUUUAACUGAUGGUAAACGUCAUUUAAUUAUUAAAGACUUUCAAGUAGCUGUUGAUGUUUUAAGUGAAGCGUGCAGUCUUUUUGGAACUAUCUAUAGUGAAUUGGAUGAAAAAUGUGCAGAGGCCUAUUUCAACUAUGGUUGUGCCCUUCUUGAGCUUAGUAAAAAUCAAACAAGUCCUGUCGGACUAGAAGAAAAAGACGAAGAAGAAAAUGACGGAGAGACUUCCUCUGAAGAAAUAGAUUCAAGUAAUAUGACAAAUGAUGAUAGUAAAAAAUACUCUAUAUCUAWUGUCACUGACGAAGUUGAAGAAAAAGAAACAGGCAAUGUUGAUGACACUGAAAAAGAAGAAGAAUCAACYGAAAACAAAAAAAAUCUACCAGAUAAAACAUCAGUUGUUAAAAAAGAURAUGAAGUUGAAGGACAAUCCACUGAAAAAGAUUUGUCUGUUGAUGAUCUUGAAGGACAAUCCUCUGAAAAAGAAGAGAUGGCUGUUGAUGGUGCUGAAAAGCCAGAUGAAGAUGUUGGUGAAGAUGAUGUAAAUGAUUUACAAAUAGCUUGGGAAAUGCUUGACUUGGCCAAAGUGAUUUAUAAAAACAAAGAUACUGAAGAAUCAAAACUCAAACUUGCUGAAGUAUUAAUGAAAUGUGGAGAAGUAAGCAUUGAAGAUGAAAAAUUUGAAACAGCUAUUCAAGAUAUGACAGAAUCCUUGGAAAUCCGAAGGUUAUUAUUACCAGAGGACAGUCGUAUCAUUGCUGAAACUUUAUUUCAAUUAGGCAUAGCGCAGGAGUUAGGAGGAAGCGGUGAGCAAGCAAUUGAGUUGCUAACAGAAGCAGCUGCUGUUUUGAAUCAAAAAAUUAAAUCUUUGGAGAGUAUGAAUGAUGACAGUGAAAUAAUCCAAGCAGAAAUUGYUGAAGUUAAAUCUAUUAUUCCUGAGAUACAAGAAAAGAUUUUAGAUAUCAAAGAACGUAAAAAGGCUGCUGUAAGUGCUUUGUUGGCAGCUGUAGGUGCUUCUUGUAACGUACCUACAACAAAUGGUGAAGCAUCAUCAACAAUCAAACAGGCAUCCAACAUUAGCCAUUUGGUACGUAAAAGACCUAAACAGGAGGAAACUGCAGAUGCAGCUCCGAACAAGGUUCCUAAACUUGAUGAAUCCUCAAAUGCCAAACAAUAAUUUGGAACCUAUACAUUUAUUUAAUUUAUUUUUAUUUUCCUCCAGUUUUAAUCAUUGGUUUAAUUUUUAUUUUUUAACAUUCA